AAAAGAAGUGUGGGACCGUGGUCAAUAUCAAAAUAAGCUAAAAGAUGAUUGUUCGAUCCUUGAAGACACACAUAUUCACGAGAUUAUGCAUAAUAUCAUAUACAAUACAAUUAAAGAUUCAAACGGGAAGAUUGCAAUAGACUGGACUGGUAAUAUAAUUAAUGAAAUAUGUGAUGAAUAUAAUGACUAUGACAUAUGGUUAAGUCAAAUGAAGGCAACUGAAUGGAAAAUACAACAAACUACAUUUCAAUCACGAAACAUCCCAGACUGGAUGGCACAGUAUCGUAUUGGUGAUUUUUUGUAUGAGUUUUUGUAUAGUGAGGCUGCCGGUCCACCAUAUCAAUCUAUUACUGUUCAAACUGAAGGAAAUCGUCAGAAAUUAAUUUGUUUUAUGUCUCAAAGUGUACGACGAGCAAAAGAAAAACUUGUCUCACAAUUUUCCAAUAUUACCGAUGGUGCUCUAAUGGAUGAUGUUUGA